AUGUCCGCUGGGCAUUCUGAACCUCAGGUUCUGUAUAGUGUGAACAAUAUCUCGGCCUUCUCUGUACAGAAUGGCGAGGAGCAUCCUAUCACCAACUCCCCCCAAACCCUUUCGCUGUUGAUGGUGCCAACAGCAUCACCGUUCGCAGAUCUAUCGGCCACAGAACCAACCAGCUCAGCGCCCGAGGAGGAUUUCUAUCUGCACCUUCACCUGCCUCCCGAACUCGACGUACCGUUGCCUGCGACUACCCAGGUCUACUUCAAGCCUCCGAGCAGCUAUUUGAUACCGCGCUGGGACUUGGGACCCGACGCUGGUGCAUUCAUCCGCAUCCAGUUUCCUUCGAUGGGCCGUGGCCCCGGGAAAGUUACUCAGGAAGAGGUUGAUACAUUUGAAACAAUCCUCGCUCAAUGUACGGCGUUUCUAGAACGAGCUCCGGCCCAUGCUCAAGACUGGGGACGAUAUGACCCCAGCACAUAUCGUCCGGGGGAGGGGUACAUCAGUCCUGCUGGCGUGACAAACAAUGAACCGCAUCAUGGUCAAAUUGUUCUGAUUGAUGAAGAGAAUGGCAGCGUUGUUGGAGAGCUGCAGAACGAUUACGAUGUGGUUGAAGCUCCAUCAGUGAAACCUGGAUCCAAGACCCCCGUACAGAUUCAAUUGCCUGCCGAAGGCCAAGGCAAUCAGAUCCGGAUCGACAAUGUCUCGGAUGAAUACCUUCAGAUGGCAAGACAUCCAGCAUAUGCCAAGUCCACCAUUGUGCAAUCAUCCGCGACCGCCUCCCGACUGAUCGUGACGAGCUCCAACUAUCUCGCGAAUGCAAUGUCAUCUGGUGCCGAGUCAUACCAGCGGAAAACGCAGCCAAGUCCCAAGCCUAUGACCUUUUCGCCUGCGACCCAUGCGCGAAUCAGACAGAUUCAUUCUUUCACCCAAGGGGCUGUAGGUAUCAGCACCAAAACUGUCGGUCAAUUGGGACGAUAUGCACAAAAUUUCGGUGCGAGUUUGGCACGCAAAGGCGAAAAGAACAAGAGGGAACCAGGCAAAGAUUACAAGCCUGGCAUCCUCAACAAAUCCAUGAUUGCCUUCUCGACUAUUGCUGAUGGUAUUGACCAGGCAGGCCGCAACCUUUUGGCUUCCGGCUCCGUCGCCGCGACCAACGUGGUCGGCCACAAGUAUGGCGAGGAGGCCGGGACUGUGGUGCAAGGAUUGGCGGGGGGCGUGAAGAACGUCGGCCUUGUCUACAUCGACGCAAUGGGAGUGUCAAGAAGGGCGGUCAUCAAAUCCGUGGCUAAGGGCAUGGUGGUUGGCAAAAUGCCGAAUGGACAACAAUUGGUGGUCGGCGCGGGCGAUGGAGGAGUUGUGCCGGCUGAUUCCCUGCCUUCAGACCGCAAAUCCGACAAAUAUAGUCCUGCCGACGUGGUGUACGGAGGGGCAUCACAGGCUGGCGUUAGUCAGCCAGGCUAUGGAAUCGAGAACUAUGGCAAUGCUGCGAAUAGACCGCCGGCAUAUUCUUCCGGGGUUGGAGAACCGCUGGGCUCGACCUUGCAGGGGCAGAACGUGCGAGAGAAGCGAUGA